GCCCAGGUCACCUGUGCCCAGCUGUCUGUCCAUGAAGAGUGACAGGUCCAUUGUCCAGCCACCCAAUAUACAUACAGAUCCAGGUCCUCCUGAAGAAAGUGAUGUGUCCAUGAUCCAGCCACGCAAUGUACAGACAGAUCCAGGUCCUCCCGAAGAAAGAUGUCGAUGUGACAUUGCUAAGGAGGUGCAAAGGAAAGUGAAAGCAAAAAUACAGUCCUUCUGUAAGAUGACAGAAAAACAAGAAUGCUUGACUUUCACCAUGGAAACAAAUUUGCACUUGACCGAGGGAGAAUGUGGAGAGAUCAGCACAGAACAUGAAGUUCACAGAAAUCUGAAAGCUCCUAGGUCAUUUGCAGAGGAUCAGCUGAUUAAAUGUCAUGACAUUUUUAAACAGCAUGAACAAAACAAACCCAUCAAAACCGUUCUUACACAGGGUGUUGCUGGAAUUGGAAAGACUGUCUCUGUACACAGGUUCAUGUUAGACUGGGCUGAAGGAAAGGCCAGCACAGACAUUGACUUAAUCUUUCCUAUUCCUUUUCGCGAGCUGAAUUUAAUGAAAGAAAAGCUUAGUUUGAUGGGCAUGAUUCACUCUGUUUUCCCAGAGGUGAAAGAAUUAGGAACGUGUCUUCACAAUCACAAAGUCAUGUUCAUUUUUGAUGGAUUAGAUGAAUGUCGUCUGUUGUUGAAGUUUGACAACACAGGUCUCUCUGAUCCCUUUGAUCCAUUGACUGUGGAUGAAAUCCUGACAAACUUAAUCUCAGGAAAUCUUCUUCCCUCUGCUCUCAUCUGGAUAACCUCUCGACCGGCAGCAGCUGGUCGUAUCCCUCAGGCAUUGUUCGACAGAGUGACAGAAGCUAGAGGAUUCAGAGGCUCUCAGAAGUAUGAGUAUUUCGAAAGGAAAAUACUUGAUCAAGAAGUUGCCUCUGAUGUCAUCAAACACAUGAAAGCAACCAGAAGUCUGUGCAACAUGUGUCACAUUCCACUGUUCUGCUGGAUUGCAGCAACUAUUUUUGAGAAGAUGUUUGUGGAGACUGAAGAGGUUCCUAAGACGUUGACAGAAGUGUACACGCAUUACCUGAUGCAUCAGAUGAAGCUUACUAGGGACAAAUACAGUGGCAGAACUCCCACGUGCCAAGAGAUUCUCUUCAAACUUGGAAAUCUGGCUUACAUGAAUCUGAAACAGGGUAAUUUGAUAUUUUAUGAGGAAGACCUGAGGAAGUGUGGUCUUACAAUUGAAGAUGCAGCUGUCUACUCAGGACUGUGCACUCAGAUCUUUAGUGAAAAGCCUGGUCUGUCCCAAAAGAAGGUCUACACAUUCGUACAUCUGACCAUUCAGGAGCAUCUUGCCGCCCUGUUUGUGUUUUUAUCUUUCAAGAUAAACGGAGAAAAUAUGCUGUAUCAAGACCAAAGUGAGAAGUCAUCUGAAAAAACAAGCCUCUAUGACCUGCAGAGGCAAGCAGUUGAUGAAGCAUUUGAGAGUGAACACGGGCAGCUGGAUCUCUUUCUUCAGUUCUUCCUGGGCUUCUCAGUACAAUCCAGUCAGGCUUUGAUUGGCGAAUUUCUGGAGAAGACGUGGCCUUGUUUUGAGUGCAAUGACGCCAUUGUGAAAUACAUUAAAGAGAAGAUCAGAGCAACUCCAUCCCCUGAGAGGUGCCUGAAUCUCUUCCACUGUCUGAAUGAACUGAAGGACUGUUCAUUAGUGGAGGAAAUUCAAAGUUACCUCAGCUCAGGGAUUCUAUCCAAGUCCAAACUCUCCCCUACUCAAUGGUCAGCUCUUGUCUUCGUGUUAUUGAUGUCAGAAGAUGAGCUGCAGCAGUUUGAACUGAGAAAAUACGUCCCAUCAGAUGAAGGCCUCAGAAUGCUGCUUCCUGUGGUCAAGGCCUCCAUAAAAGCUGUGCUUCGAGGCUGCGAACUCACAGCGAGAAGUUGUGCAAUUCUUGAUUUACCAUUAAAGUCUGGAAACCUGAAAGAGUUGGACAUGAGUCAUAAUGCUCUACAGGACUCUGGAAUUGAACACUUAUGCUCAUCUCUGACUGAUUUGUCAUGUAAACUGGAGUGUCUACAAUUGUCUUACUGUAGCAUAGGAGAGAGAGGUGUGUCCGCCUUAGCUUCUUACCUGUGUUCUGGAGUAUCCAGCUUGAAGGAGCUGGACCUGAGCUACAGUAAACCAGGAGAUGAGGGCUUUCGGCGGUUGAGUGAAGCAUUGGCCAACCCAAACUGCAAAGUGGAAAGGCUAUAUCUUUUCAGCAACAUGAUAACGACUGAUGGAUGCAAAUCAUUGGCCAGUGCAAUGCAAUCAGGCUUCUCUUGCCUAAAGGAGUUGGAUCUAGGAUUCAAUCAGCUCAAAGACAUAGGACUGAAACACCUCUCUGAUGGACUUCCAAACUGCAACUUGGAAAUACUUGGACUCUACAAAUGUCAAAUCACAGAGGAGGGGUGCAGGCACCUGGCAUUAGCACUGACAUCAAGCCCUUCACAUCUGAGGAAACUGAAUCUGAGCCACAAUUCUGUCGGAGAUUCAGGAGUCCAAUACCUUGCCACUAUCCUGCAGAGCCCAAACUGCAAACUUGAGAUACUGAAGUAA